GGCUGUUGUGUCAAGUUUUCCGAACGUUAUCACGUCAUGUCUGCUGCAUAGUCGAGUGUGAAGUUGAACGUGGUUGAGCGCACUUCAGAGUGAAGAUGAAGUUCAAACGCAAAUGGUGGCAGCACCAGCGUAGUGAUUCCGGCAGAACUGCGGCGACCGUUUCCAGCGCCUGCUCGGACUCCCCCGGAGGCUCCGGGAUCGAUCCGGCGACGCCGCGGCACGUCAAACGUCUAGGCACGGCCAACUCCGAUUUUGAUCGCGGAGGACGCGGAGUUCAGCUUCUGUUUCACAGACACGGGCGAAGUUGCGAUGAGAGUUCACGAGUGAGUUGUGCGACUCCGGCGGAGGAAGGGAAGAUGCAGCCGCCACCCAGAAAGGGCAACUACGCGAAAUUCCUCAAAAAUCUUCACACGGAACAGAUCAAUAAGCUUCUGCUGAAGAACCAACAUGAAUGCGACCUGCUAGAAGACAUACGGACAUUCGUGAUUAAACGGUCAGCGAUCGAAAAGUCAUACUCAGAAGCGUUACUUAAGAUUUCGUCGGCGUACCUUAACAAGAAAAUACCUAAUAUUCCUGAUAUCAAGUUAGAUGGCGGCGAUGAAAAAUGGAAUAUGUGGAAUGUGUGGCGUACGGUUCUGGAGGAAAACGAGAAACUGGCGAGAGCUAGACUGGCAGCCAUUGAAGUCUUUCAGCAGCAGAUAGCAGAUGAUGCAAAGCUGCUGAGAGCACAUAAAAUGCAAAUGGCCAAAAAGUGUGUAGAUCAUUUAGCAAUAGCACAAAAGGAACUACAGAAUUGUGUACAAGAGGUGGAUAAAACAAAGAAGCUUUAUUUUGACGAAGAACAUGGGGCGCAUGAAGUAAGAGAUAAGGCAAGAGAUAUUGAAGAGAAGCUGAAGAAAAAGAAAGGUUCCUUUUUCCAAUCAAUUACCUCGUUACAAAAGAACAGCGCCAAGUUUUCCACGAAGCGCGACCAACUGGAGGAAAAGUCCACUGGAGCUAGGAACGAUUACCUUUUGUGCCUCGCGGCGGCCAAUGCUCACCAGACCAGGUACUUUGUGGUGGACCUUCAACAGUGCAUGCAGGCUAUGGAAAGCGGUGUAUACGAAAAAGUGGCUGAAUAUUUGACACUGAUGGGAAGGACAGAGCUGCUGACAUGUUCUGCUAUGCAGAAUUCAUACAGCACCAUCCGAGACCAAGCCAAACAACUGACUAGGGAAUACAACCUGCAAUGCUGCUACCUCUUCUACCCCGUACUGAAACAGCACAUAACGUACGACUUUGACCGUUGUGACAACGACCCUGUGGACAAAGUAAGCGCACCAGUCUCGGCUGAAUGUCAAGAAACCUUGGCCAAAGAGGCUCGAAGAUGGGCUACCAGGAUAGCCAGGGAUGUCAAUACUAUAAGGGAAUGCACGCGCAAGUUGCAGAUGUAUAAUAGUAUGAGAGAACAGGGACAAAAGACGGAUCCAAACGAUCCAAACGGUCCGGAUCUAGAAACGAAAAUCGACGAUUUGAAGCAAAACAUUCGAAGAGCGGAGACUUCAAAAACUAAGGCGGAGGCUAGGAUAGAAUGUUUGAGACAAGGCGGAGUUAACGUAGAUGAAUGUAUGCGGGAGGCAGAAUCACUAAACGUCCAAGAUAUACAACGAUCGGCGAGUUCCCUAUCGGAUCAUCCCAGUUCAGAUUCCUAUUACGACAGUGACUUUGCUGAAGGUGAUGGAUCAACGGUUCCCGCUUCAACAGGUGCUGAACCUGCUUCCACAAGAAGGGACAGUAGUGAUGAUGAAAUGGUCAGAAGAGAAAGCCAAUCAGAGCACCAGUAUGAGAGCGCUGACGUCGAUGCCGUUCUAGACCAGGAACGACAGCGAAUUGAGAAUUUGACAGCGGGAUGGGAGGACCCUACUCAAGUGGACUGGGGCACAGAAGAUUCAGCUGAAACCGAAACCGCAGAAAGUACUGGGUCUGCAGAAAAAAGAGCGUCAGUUCCUUUGCUGAAAUGCACAGCAUUGUAUUCAUACACUGCUCAACAUCCAGAUGAACUAACGAUAGUAGAAAAUGAACAAUUGGAAGUAGUAGGAGAAGGUGAUGGAGACGGUUGGUUAAGGGCCAGAAACUAUCGAGGAGAAGAAGGAUUCGUCCCGCAGAACUACCUGGACAUUGAAAGGGAACCACCUGUUACGUCUGCAUCUGGAACUCCAGCUCUUGUCAAUCAAAUUUCAUUUUCAUCGGUGGACUACACGGUGGAUAAUGACGACACACAGCGGCAGGCAGAAACGGCAACGCAGUCACCUGAACAGAUCUCGGUUAUAUCGGCAGGAAAAGGAAAAGAAGAAGAAAAGAGAGAGGCUACAGAGUACUGUGUGGCGAUGUAUGACUAUGUUGGGGAAGCUGAUGAUGAGCUGACCUUUGAAGAAGGACAAGUGAUCCGCAUCCUCAGCAGACAAGCGCACAGCGUGGACGAUGGCUGGUGGAAAGGAGAAUUAUUGGAUGAUGGGAUAGUUGGCAACUUCCCCUCGUUAGUGGUGGAAGAGAGCGACGAGUAUGGGCAGAUGCUAGAAGACCCAGAGUGGGAUGAAGAUGCUCCCCUAUCAACGCCGCCAGUGCCACAGUGGUCCGGAGUGCCACCAGAUGUGGUACCAUCUUUACCGAGUGAUGGAAUGGACACGCUAGAGGAUGACAUAGUUUCCUCCCCACCGCAACAACCUCCGCCUGCACCGCCACCAGAAGUCCUCGAGGAGCUGGCAGCCUUGGAAGCGAUGAAAGCAUUGGAUGACUCUCCCAUCACGAAUGGCUUCACACAUCAAGAUGCAUUUUCGGAAGAAACUGAAGCCUCGAAACCUCAGCAACCACCUGCUGUCCAACCUGCAGCGCAAUCCACAUCAUCGACCUCGAAGACUGCGCAACAAAAGCAGCAGGGGUUUGAGAUGAAGAUGACUAGGGACCAGCAUCACCAGUAUGGCAGUCAAUUUGGUGGUGGGCAGGCACCUCCACCAUCUAUACCAGUGAUCGAUGUACCCUGUGUCGAAGUCGUUGACGAGGAUGCAGAGGAGACAUCAGAAGAACCCCCAGCGCCUCCAACAGGAGGCGAUGACUUUGGACUAUGUGCAGCCUCAAUUGUGAUAACGGCCGCUACGCCUAUGAUCGAAGAGGCCGAAACCCCCUUCCCGCCUGUUGAAGAAACUGCUGUAAACCAUACAGAUGAGGCGAAGUCUGCGCAGACUUCAUCAUCUGUACCAGCUGCAUCGUCGACCACGGAAUCCGAUAUCGUAGACAAACCUAAUGCAUUGGUGGAAUCAAAGAGCCAGUCUGAAGAAGUAGAAGAAAUGGCCGCGAGUACAACUGACGACCAUCAAAACUUUGCUGUGAGCAGCAGCACUGGUAGCGAUGGGGAGACGACGGGUCCUAGUACUGCCGAAAAUUCGGUUAGCCAAGCACCACCGGCUGAAUGUGAUUCAGCACCAAAACAGGUUGUAGGAGGCAGAGCCAGCAUUCCAGACGAACUUGAACCCCACCAAUUAGCCAGGUUGCAGGAUCUUAAAGAAUCUAACGCAUAGAGCGACGGCAAAGAAAAUAGAAAAUAGGUUAUGUAGGCUUCACAGUAAUAAAAAAUGCGAAUGCGGGAUACGGCUAGAUAUUAAAAAAAUACAUGCAUGAAAGAAGUAUACAAUUGGUGAAUCGCGCGUAUUAACGUACCUUAUCAUUUGUUAUUCGUUAGAUGACGUUUCCACGUUUUAGGGUUUACCGAAUAGUUUUUGUUGAUGAGGAAGUAUUGUUCGCAACUUGGUGGGUCAGACUACGACGACAAUCUUGAACCACCGUCUGAUAGAUAGUGAAAUAAAUACAAACAUACAUAGUAAUGUGACCAGUUCUGUUCGAGAAGCUGACCAUUUUGUAUAUUUGGGCUUAGAAUAGAUAACGGAUAUUUCACCACUACAAAUUGGCUAGGCUAGUUAUAAAUAAAACAAUGUAUAACUUGAAGUGUGAUCCGCCAAGAUGUUUAGUUUUUCAAAAAAAGAUAAUUCUUCUAGUAGUGAAUGAAGACAAAAACAAUACCCUUCCACAUUUUGAGGUUUGUGUUGAUAAAAUUGUACAUGUUUUAGAUAUUAUACCAGAAAAAACUAAUAGACGUCUAUAAAGCUGUGUUCCUAGAAGUUCUACCACUUUCUUUGCGCAACAGCUUCUCCCGAUUUUUGUGUAUGACAAGGCGAUGGAAAGUGCUACGCAGACACAAUUAAUUGUAACUGAAAAUUUGAAAUGUCAAUAAUAAAAUAUUCCGUCACCUUCACAGCGUUGGUGGUUUUUUAAAUAACUAGUGAAUAUGAAAGUUUCUAGAUUUAAUCUAGGAGUCUUAUUAAACUAUCAAAUGCUUAAAGAAAAACAACACACGUACUUAUCUGUUUAUUUUUUAAAGAAAUGUAAAGAAACGAUAUGGUCUUGGGCAUUUUUAAAAUUGUUGGGAAAGUGAAAUCACCAAGAUCGGAGAAACUUUCUCAAAGCGAUUUGUAUGCAAUGAUAGGCCUAUUUUUGGCUACUAAGCAAUGUAGUAGUAUUCAGAACGUAAGCAGUAUAUGCAGGAUUUAUGUACAGAGAAUCCAGGCUACUUGCUUCGACAAAUAAGUCAAAAAAUGUUUGGCGUUAAGAUCCUCAUCUCCAUAGUAUUGUCGAAUUUUUGCUUUUAGAUAUUUAUAUCCAGUUCGUUCAAAAUUACGUUAUUAUGUUAAGCAGUGAGGUACUAGAAAAAGGUGUGUACUGUUGGCUCCAUAUAGAUUUCGUAGCAAAUAUAGACUGAGGGCAAUAACAAUCGAUAUAUCGGAGAUAUAGAUAGUUGUAUAUUCGUUGCUCUUGUAUUCCGUGGUUUGAUGUUAUGAUUUUACCGAGAUUUUUUUUUCUUUGAUAUACCAAUACUCAGACAUUGCCUCUCUGUGUAGGUGACCUACAUUAUACAGAGUGUUACGAACAUGACUAAAUUUCAAGUGAUUCAAGACACAAGCUGUCAACUUUUUUUGCGAAAUAUCAAUAUGUAUUUUGUAAUAAUAUAUAUAAUUCUUCAGGUGGAAAUAUAAUUGCAUUUAUAACAAUAUGUUUUUCUUCAUUAAUUUUUGUUAACUUUUUUUUAAUUCUGAAGCAGCAGCAGAAGCCUAAACCGGGACACCGCGGCUGCUAUGACGAUCCUAAAGAAAUAUUGGUAAUCCGAUUUUUGAAUUGCCUAAGGUUAGUAGAACUGGGAAAAAUUUCUUGCAGAUUGUUCCACAAUCUCGACACCCUCGGGACAAAGGAGUGGUCGUAUCGGUCAGUUGUGGAUAUACGAAGUUCAACACGGUUAGGAUGGGAGGUCAAAGUCAGGCGAGUCGCUCUGGGAGGCACAUCGCGCGGCGGCAUCAUGGAAGAGAGCUCUGAAGAGCAAAACCCGUUGGUGUAGCGGUUGAAGGGAGCUACUUUGCCGACAGCCCGCAGGUGCGAAAGGGUUCCGAAACUUGUCUGUUAGAGAAGAGUCGUCGAUCGGUCGGACAGCCCUCCUUUGGACAGCAUCGAGCAUAAAUAAUAUAGUACGGGCGGCAGCACCCCAAGCGUUUGUGCAAUACUCGAAGCUAGGCCUGAUCUGGGCCUAGUAUACGGAGGGAAGUACUUCUUAGCCCUAAACAAAUAGAGGAACAGUGUCGGAUCCAAGACCGAUCACUGGGGAACACCUGCGUUGACGUUGUGAGAUGAAAAGGAGAACCCGUCAAUUACGACGGAUAUCUUGCGGCCAGAGAUAAAGUCAGCCACCCAUCUGCAAAGCUUUUCUGUGAGGCUACGAUGGAAAUUUGCAUAAAAGGGCAUCGUGCCACAGCUGAUCGAACGCUUCCAUAAAGCAAGAGCAAUGACAUGAGCCUCACCAUAAGACUAGAUGAGUUUACUCCACAAUUGCGUGACGUAAGCUAGGCGGUCUCCUGUGGAUCGUUGGUGCCGGAAACCAUACUGCCUGUCGCUAAUCAAGCCGUGACGUUUGAGGUAAUCCAGAACUCGCGAUUUAUGCACCUCUCCAUCAGCUUACUUAUAACAUAAAGCAGAGCUAGAAGCUAUAGUUGUAAGUGUCGGUCUUAGAUCCUUUUUUUGGGAUGAGCUGGACAUGAGCUAAUUUCCAGUUUUCUGGGAAGGUACCGGAUUCAUAAGAUAUCUGGAAAAGACGCGAAAGAACUGGAGGAAGCUCCGCUGCACACCUCUUCAGUACAAUGGCAGGAACCAGGUCUGGACCAGAAUCUUUGUUGAUUUCGAGCGACAAGAGCACUCGUCUUACGGUCUUAUGCCUGACUGUUACUUCCCGCAUAGUAUAGGGAACCCUCUGAAUCUGGGCACUUGGGCGUAGGGGCGAACGUCCAUGGUGGACUUGGCAGCAAAGAUCUUGGCAAGCACUUCCGCCUUGGCCUUUGAGUCUGUUACAAUCGUUCCAUUUUGGCACGUAAGUGGUGGAAGGCUACUGUCCGAGAAGACUAUAUUACCAUGCUUACCAAUACCGAUACUGGACAAAUCAUCUGAAGGAUUAUUAUCAUUAUUUACAAAAAACGAAUUUUUGUAUAAAAUUUGCCACCCCGCAUAUUAAAAAGGAAGCAUUAUUGGACUUAUGUUUAUAUAAAAUACCUUUUACAAUUACUUGAGGAAUCAUCCCUUGAGGUUUGGCCAUUAUUGACACCCUGCCUAUUUUACAUGACCGCAUAUAGCAUGUAUAUCAAAAUGACGAAUGCUCAUAGAUAUAAGCUUACUCCAUCUACAUCGUUCUGUGUAUAUAAUAACCAAAACAUCGUUUGUCUGUCAUCUUGUACAAGAAACGGCAAAAACAUGUCUAUCAGAGUGUUUUUUAGCGCGACAUGUAUUCUGUAUUUACCCCAUCUUCUUUCAGCGGUGCCUUCUUAUAUUGUAUAAUCUCCAAACUUCACCUCACCUGUAGAUAUUGUGUAAUACUUUCAGAUUUAUUUCAAGAUGACCUUAAGGCUACGUAUACUGUGAAUAAGAACACUGACAAUUAAUUAAGGUAUGAUUAUAGUCAAAACGGAAGAAAAUAGCAUAAGUCAUGAUACGUCACUGUUUGUGCAGUGUCACAGAGGAUCUGAAUCACGCUACUUUGUUCCUAUUUAGUACUUGACUAUUGUUUGUUAUUACUUUGUUAUUUAACAUAUACGUUAUUUUCAUACCCGAGGUAACAAAAGUAACGGGACGGGUCUGUACUUUGAAAAAAGGCCAAAGUCAGGUCUAUACUAUUUUUCUAAUUAUUUGUUUAAUGAUCACUUUGUGUUUGACAUUAAAGUUAUCUCGAGAUCAAUUUUAGUUUUUUUGAUGGAAUGCCCCCUUUUUGAUAUUGGCAGUCGAAAGGGAAGCUCUAUUUCCUAAUAUACAUCAAAAUCUAAGAUCAAAGACAACUCUAAAGCUCAAAUGAAGGUCAAAUGUGUGUUGCUAAAGUUCCUAGAAGUUUAGCAGGAUUACUGAUAAAAAAAUAUGUUUUAAUAGUUUUUAACAAAGACGAUUUAACCUUGAACCCCGCCUUCAAAGUCAACUUUUUUUAAAUGAGGACCCCAAUAUUUGACAUCGUCAAUGAAAAAAUUUAAGUUCUACUACUUUCAGAUGUGCGAUUAUGACAUUUAAAAUCGACUUAUAAGCUCUGAUGUUAAACUAUUUAUAAACAAGAGUUCCACAACGUUGAUCCGCAACGCUCACACUAGACUUGACGAAAUUUUAACUUUCUGCGGUUGCCAUUCCCGAUUCAACCAAUGAAAGGGAGCCUGUUAAUCACGUGUUUAUUGCGACAGAUCAGCUGGUUUUUCCACUUUUCGCUCUGUUUGACAUGACAUAUGUUUUGUUUCGGUCGGCGUGGCUUUCUCUGAGAUUCUUUGCUAUAUUUUAUUUAGUUUAUUUAAAUAAUAAUAUGUAUUUUCAGGAGAUGUGUGUUACAAGUUUUGUAUUCAAAUAUGUGAAUAAGAAUACAAUUUUGGGUUACGAAAAUGAUACGCCGGCAGUACGGCAUCGUUUGAGUUUGUAAAUCCGCCUUGAGGCUUGAGGACAAUUCCAUAGUUAAUAUUUAGAUCCUUGUUAUAUGUUACUAAUCGGCUGACCUUGAUAUUUUUCAUCAAUGUCCCUGCUAAACCUCUCGGAAUUUUCCCUAGGCUCAUACAUUUAAGCUUCAUUUGACCUUGAUCUCAAUACAUAUUCGGACGUGGAAUUUUCUGUUAUUCCGAUUUUCGGAGUCAAAAAAGGGUUUUUUUAUUAAAAAAAUAAAAGUUCACCUCCUAAUAACCUUGAAUAUGAGACUCAAAGCCAAAACCAAGGUCACAAUUGAGCUCAUUGUUCAAAGUAAAAAAUACCUUACCUAUGAAAAGAGAGCAGCUCUUUACUUUUGUUACACCCGGUAUAUACUGCAGUAACCUGACUGGGUAUAAUUAGAAAUGACUAUAGGUACCAACAUUAGUUUUCAAGGUGGCUUCAAUGUAAACAAUAUUAGGCAUGAGGUGCUGGGCUACACUGGCCAGACCAGUAUCCAGUGCCACUUAGGAGGGCGAUGUCGAUAUUUAGGAAAAUCUAUUACAUCAUCACUGAUUGACAUAUUCCACCACAUGGUGAAUACAUUAAUCAACGAUUGCACGUAAAGUCUAUCCCAAAUGGUGCGCAUAUCUGAAGACAAUAGUUGACUUGUUUGCGUUGAGCUGAUCCUGACCUGUCAUUUUUAUUACUGCGGGCGUUCUAUUACGGCGAACCAGUGCACGUCGAAAAUGAAUCUGAUAUAGUCAUUCAUGACCUGUACUUCCAACUACCUUAAGUAUAAUUUGUUAUCCAUUAUUAUUUCGUUUCGUCAGUAGUUUCGUCCAUAGAAGCGUAGCCUUGUUUGUUAUAAUACGUGGGUUACUAGACAUCCAUUCUAUGCAACGUCAAGUAUAUACUUAUAAAUAAAUAAUUUGUGUAGCUGAC